GCGUAAAGCCAUUUGAAGCAACUGUUGUCAGCCUCUUAUCGGCUUGUGCCCAUUUGGGCGCUUUGGAUAAGGGUUGCAUUUGCAUACUUAUAUCAACGAUAAUAGAAUUGAGGUCAAUUCCAUUGUUGGCACUGCACUUGUGGACAUGUAUGCGAAAUGUGGAAAAAUUUCCCUUGCCACGCAAGUUUUUAAUGCAAUGGAGUCCAAAGAUGUUCUAGCUUGGAACACAAUCAUAGCAGGCAUGGCCAUACACGACCAUGUGAAAGAAGCCCAACAAUUUUUCAAGGAGAUGAAAGAGGCGGGUGUUGAACCAAAUGACAUAACCUUUGUAGCUAUGCUUAGUGCCUGUAGCCAUGCUGGAAUGGUGGAUGAAGGGCUCUUGGAGGAGGCUAUGGAACUUAUAGGGACCAUGCCCAUGGAGCCCAACCCAUGUGCGUUGGGGGCAUUGCUUGGAGGUUGCAGGAUCCAUGGCAACUUUGAGCUGGGUGAGAUGGUGGGAAAACGCCUCAUCAACCUUCAACCAUGCCAGAGUGGCCGCUACAUCCUCCUCUCAAACAUAUAUGCAGCAGCAAAAAAAUGGGACGAUGCAAGAAAAGUGAGGAACCUUGGCAGGAGUGAGCGUGAUUGAGCUGAAAGGUGCAUCGGUUUGUGGCUGGUGACUGGUCACACCCGGAAUCAAACAAGAUAUAUGAGAAGUUGAAUGAGAUACACACAAGGCUGAAGAGUGCAAUUGGGUAUUCAGCAGAUACCGGGAAUGUGUUGUUGGACAUGGAAGAGGAAGAUAAAGAACAUGCUCUAGCUGUUCAUAGUGAGAAGCUGGCCAUUGCUUAUGGGCUACUACACUUGGAUUCAAAAGAAGCCAUUAGGAUUGUGAAGAACCUUAGGGUUUGCAGAGAUUGUCACCAUGUCACCAAGCUGAUUUCAAAGGUUUAUGGUCGAGAAAUUAUUGUAAGGGAUCGGAAUCGGUUUCAUCAUUUUGAAGAUGGUGAAUGUUCCUGUCUUGAUUUUUGGUAGAGUCAGUGUUAAAUAUUGAA